AGAACAAUCUCAAGUGGUUACGUCGUCAACAACAGAAGACAUGACAGAAUCUGUUAAACCAGAAACAAAAAGAAUAAUACCUGAACAAAUACCGUUUGAGAGUAUACAACAAAUUGAAUCGAUUCCUCAUGAAAGCGAACGUUUGUUUCUCCCUGAUGAAAAGGUACCAAGUACAACGGCCGAUGUUUCAUUCCGCGUUUCUGAAGGAGUUGAAGUUAUUCAAGUAACCACUACGGAAAAGGAAACAAAAGAAAUCGUAAAAGGCCUUGAAGAAUCAACUAAACAAACAGCCGAGCAAAGUAUGCUAGGUAUGCCAGUUGUGGAACAGUCUCAAGUGGUUACGUCGUCAACAACCGAAGAGAUGACAGAACCUGUUAAACCUGAGUUAAAAAGAAUAAUACCUGAACAAAUACCGUUCGAAAGUAUACAACAAAUUGAGUCAAUUUCCCAUGAAAGCGAACGUUUGCUUGUCUCAGAUAAAGAAACAACUACCGCAACAGCUGAAAUUUCAUUCCGCGUUUCCGAAGGCGUUGAAGUUAUCCAAGUAACAACUACAGAAAAGGAAACGAAAGAAGUUGUGAAAAAUCUAGAGGAUACAACAAAACAGAUAGCAGAGCAAAGCAUAUUGAGCAUGCCGGUUGCUCAAAAAUCUCAUGUGAUUGCAUCAUCUUCGUCAGAGGAAAUGAUGGAAUAUGUUAAACCUGACGUAAGAAAAAUAACACCAGAACAGAUACCAUUUGAAGGUAUACAACAGAUGGAAUCGAUUCCUCAUGAAAGUGAACGAAAUCUUAUCGCUGAAAAAGCACCAGUCAGCGCAACAGCCGAAGUUUCAUUCCGUACUUCGGAAGGUGUUGAAGUUAUUCAAAUAACUGCUACAGAGAAAGAAGCAAAGGAAGUCGUCAAAGGUCUCGCUAAAGAAGUUAGCGUGCAACCGGAUAUAAUUGAACGAAGAGUUGCCUUAAAAACUGAAAUCCUUCCGGAAGGUGUAGUAUCGGAAUUUAGUGUUCCAAAACCAGAAAGUAAAACAGCUCAUGGAGUAAAAGAUGAAAGACAAGGCGUAAUAGUCACCGAAUUGCAAUAUGUUACUGAAAUCGAAUCAAAUCUACCCGAAUCCGUCAUACCAGUAGUACCAAAGUUAGCAAGCACAUCUAUCGAAGCCGACUACUUGGAAAAACUUUUGGAAACAACAGAAGCAUCAGAGCAAGAACAUCAUAUCACAAUUACACAACACACUACAAUACACGAAACAAAACAACCAACAAAUGAAUCUGAUACUGAAGAAACAGAAGAAUACACCACUAAAUUUAGACGCGGCAGUAAAGAAGACGAAACAGCAGUAAUUAAAACAAAGAAAACAACAAUACGAAAAAAGAGACCAAAAACUAAAUCAGAAGAAGAAAACAUUGUAGUGAUUGAAGAAGAAAUUGAAGAUAUAAAAUCACAAAUGCUACCUAUACCGAAAAAAGAAUUAUUGCAAAUUGAAGAAGUAACAGGAAUAACGGGACUAGAAGAAAUAGCACCAACAAAAAUAGAAGAACAAGAAGAAAUAAUACAAGGUGAAGCAUUGCAAACAAAGAUGGAUAAAUUACCAUCAACUGAUACACCAAGUCCAAUAGAAAAGGUUGAAGAGGCUAUUCAAUCAAAAUUACCCUCCAAAUUCGCAAAGCCUUCGGAAGAAGAGAAAAUAAAAGAGCAAGUGACAGUGACUGAGGAAAUCAUCGAGGGAAAGAAACCGAAGAAGAUAACCAAAAAGAAAAUUAUUAAACGCACGGGAAAGAAACAGCAGGAGGAAACAACCAUAGAGGAAAACGGUCAAUUACCUGUGACAACAAUCACAGAAGGACCAGUGGAAGAAAUUGUAGAAGAAACGAUACUUCCUCUCCCAC